GUGCAUAUCCCACAUAUAAAACCACUGAACCAACAUUCACAAAUUCCAAUUAUUUUUUUCUUUUUUUUUUUUCUCCAUCUUUUCUCGUUUUCUUUCAUUCUCCGCAGGUUUCUGAGCUCCGAGGAAAACAACAGCAGGGUAUUUGCUAGUUAUCAAGGAUGUUAGAGCAGUUACUGAUAUUCACCAGAGGAGGUUUAAUCCUCUGGACAUGUAAAGAACUUGGGAAUGCUCUGAAAGGUUCACCUAUUGAUACCUUGAUCCGUUCCUGUCUUUUGGAGGAGCGAUCCGGUGCCGCGUCGUUUAACUAUGAUGCCCCUGGUGCUUCCUACACUCUCAAAUGGACCUUCCACAAUGAGCUUAGCCUUGUGUUUGUGGCUGUGUAUCAAAAGAUUCUUCAUUUGUUGUAUGUGGAGGAUCUGCUUGCUAUGGUGAAGCGCGAGUUUUCGCAGGUUUAUGAUCCGACGAGGACUGCGUAUGAUGGAUUUGAUGAGACUUUUAGGCAGUUGAAGAUGGAGGCCCUGGCUCGCGCUGAGGAUUUGAAGAAGUCGAAUCCGGUGGUGGGGAAUGUGAAGAAGCAAGGAGGGCAGGGGAAUAAGAAUGGGUUUGAAGGAGGGAAUAAGAAGAAGAGCGAUGGUUCUGUGAAGAAUGAUGGUGGCGCGGAUGGUGAGAAUGGGAAAGGUCGUAAAUUGGAGAACGGGCACUCCAAUGGAAAUUUUGUUGCUUCUAAAGAUACUAACAUGAAUAGUGUUAAUGUGAAUGGUAGAGAGAAUACGAGCUCCGAUGAUGUCGGGGCUUUUGAUGUAAAUAAGCUUCAGAAGCUUAGGAGUAAAGGUGGGAAGAAGACAGAUACUGUUGCCAAGGCCUCCAAGGCAGAGCCAAACAAGAAGGUGACAAAGAAAAAUAGGGUUUGGAAUGAUGCUGCGGUUCCUGAGAAGAAACUGGACUUUACGGAUCAUUCGGGUGAGGACGGAGAUAGGAACAUAGACUUUGUGGCUCCAAUUCAAGGCGAAAGUAUGAUGGAUAAAGAAGAGAUUGUUAGCAGUGAAAGCGAGGAUGAGGAUGAGGAAGAUGAGGAUGCGGGGAAAAACAGCAAGCCUGGUACUAAGAGCAAGGGUUGGUUUUCAUCCAUGUUCCAGAGUAUUGCUGGGAAGGCAAAUUUAGAGAAGUCAGACUUGGAACCAGCUUUGAAAGCUCUUAAGGAUAGACUCAUGACCAAGAACGUGGCUGAGGAGAUAGCUGAGAAACUCUGUGAAUCAGUGGCAGCAAGUCUUGAAGGAAAAAAGCUAGCUUCAUUUACAAGGAUAUCUUCAACAGUGCAAGCUGCAAUGGAAGACGCACUUGUUCGAAUUUUAACUCCUAGACGCUCUAUUGAUAUACUAAGAGAUGUGCAUGCUGCCAGGGAGCAAAGGAAACCAUACGUCGUUGUAUUUGUUGGUGUUAAUGGUGUUGGAAAAUCAACUAAUCUAGCUAAGGUUGCUUACUGGCUUCUACAGCACAAUGUUAGUGUUAUGAUGGCUGCUUGUGACACAUUUCGAUCAGGGGCUGUUGAGCAGCUCCGGACCCAUGCUCGGAGACUUCAGAUCCCCAUAUUUGAGAAGGGCUAUGAGAAAGAUCCUGCCAUCGUGGCAAAAGAAGCAAUUCAGGAAGCUUCACGCAAUGGUUCAGAUGUGGUUCUAGUUGACACUGCUGGUCGUAUGCAGGAUAAUGAACCACUGAUGAGAGCACUGUCAAAACUCAUCUACCUCAACAACCCAGAUCUAGUCUUAUUUGUUGGAGAAGCACUGGUUGGUAAUGAUGCAGUUGAUCAGCUUUCGAAGUUCAAUCAGAAACUUGCGGACCUCGCAACAUCUCCUAAUCCAAGAUUGAUAGAUGGGAUCUUGCUCACAAAGUUUGACACCAUUGAUGAUAAGGUGGGAGCUGCACUUUCAAUGGUUUACAUAUCUGGAGCACCUGUCAUGUUUGUGGGGUGUGGACAGUCUUAUACUGACCUGAAGAAACUCAAUGUCAAAUCAAUAGUGAAGACUCUCCUUAAAUGAGGGGCACAAUUUGGUCUAUGUUAAUGUUCCCUUGCAAUGCUGUUCACCUGUCAUGUGUGUUUUCUGUUUGAUGAUGAACUUGUUUGUUUAUCCCCGUUGAUCCCAUAACAUUACAUUUUAGGAAAAACUCUGUGGCUGACUUUUGAGGCAAUUUGGCUUUGUGUGUAACUGUGUAUUACAAGGUUUUUAUGGAGGAUGGUUUACUUUUUUUUUUCAA